AUGUCAUUAAGAAGAAGCACCAGACUUCAAAAUCAGGUGACCCAAGAUGGCCCGGAACCAGUCGAGGUCCAGAGACCUCCGCCUGUUGAAGUGGUCAGGAACAACAAGAAGCGUAAAGCUCCAGCACCUCCUGCAGAAGGGAGUACCGGGCCAAAGAAAAAAGCGACAAAACCGGCAAUUGGGAAUACACUUGGGAAGGGCAUCAAGCCGCCUUCUCAAGCCCAGUUCAGCUCAUCCAAUGACCUUCUAUCGUCUCUGCCGGCAGAAAUACUGUUCCUGAUUCUAGACAACAUCAAAGACCCAUCAACCAUAGGCAAACUGGGUCGAACUUGCAAAAGAUACUAUUCGCUCAUGAUGCCACUGCUUCAUAAGCGCGUCGCUGUCGCUGUCAUGUUUCACGCGCACAUUUCAAAGCUCAUUCGUGCCCUUGAACCACAUCUCACCAUAGCACAGAAGAGGCAGUUGAAGAAAGAAGGCAAUUACAAAGGUCAACAAGAACGAUAUCCAAGCCACCUCGAUGCGAACGCCAAACCAGCUUCUGCAUCCCAUGUACGCGAGAUGGUGGUUGGUGUUGCAGAUCCAGGACGAAAGCAUCAGUACAUUGUCCAUAGAUACGUGGAAGAGGUGUUUAAAAAUGUGAACAAUCUGGAGAUUGUGGAGGUGUAUUUUCUUACAAAGUCAAUGGGUCAGAGCAUUGCAUCACUAAAGAACAUCCAAGCUUUGCGACUACACGAGCCCGAAAUUGAAGCCAUGACACCGUUAGCAAAAAUCAAGAACUUGAAGCAUUUAAGUGUUGAGAACAGCAGCUUCAACAAUAACAUCGUUCAGUCCAUACUUCUGAACUCGACGUCAACACUUCGGAGCCUAGUCGUAAAGGGAAACGGCUAUGCGAUCAGUUUUUUGCAAGAUUGGGAGAAGAAGGUCUCUGCAGACGAUGCUCUUGCGAAACGAGAGUAUAGUCUUACCGUCUUAAAGUCUUUCACUCUUAGUGGCGUCUCAUUUGAUGCGACUUUCAUCACUUCGUUGCAAAGGGCCAUUGACUAUAUGGGGUUGUGUGAGCUCACACUUGGACAUUUGUCAGAUGGCAAACACCUCUUCUUUCAACAUCUUACGAACUUAGCAACCUCGUCCCAUAAUAGUGCUACAGGCAUUAGCUUGCGAAGCUUAUGCUUGGAGAUGUCAGAUGACCGCUACGGGGAGACACCUGAACAUAUCCAGACAAACUUCGAGGCUAAAUGUCGCUUCAUCUCUGCGUUCGACACUUUGACGACCCUGGAAGUCAAGGAUUAUAAUCAAUAUCCGAAUACAAUCACCACUAAUCCUGGACUGCCGGACACGCUGUUGCAGGCUAUUCUCAAGCAUCAAAAUCUGAGAAGUCUGAAAAUAUCGUACCAGGGGAUGGUCAGCGGCUGCAAGAUUCCAUACCUAUCAGCAACAACUGUGGCGGCUAUCAUUGAUAACUUGCCUCAAUUGCAGGAUCUCGAGUUUGCACCAGAAGAAGCAGAAAUUAAUGAAAUUGGAGAAGCGCUCUCCCGUGGCACCAACCUGACAUCCAUCACCUGCUUCCCCCAUGACAGUUGGGCAAGGCAUCCUCAGCCAGAUGAGCCUGGUCGCAAUAUCCUACUUGGCAUUGUCAAUGGUUUCCUGUCUCGUGCCGAUGGCAGCGGGAGUGGAAAGUUCAUAUGGGAGGAUCACUUCAAACUCCAGCGCGUAUCCGUGACCUACAAAGUAUGGGAGGUUGCGUCCAAAUUCGGAAAACCGGAGAAGGGAACGAAGAAGAAGGGGAUGAAGAAGGCGGAAAAGAUCAAGAGUGGAGGGGAUGGGACGCGUGAGGUUUUGUACCGGGAUAUUUCAGGAACCUUUCCCAUACGCAUCCAUGUUGGGUAUGAUCCCGACUUUGCGUGGGUGGAGAAGGUGGCCAAUGAUAUUUGA